AUGCCGCGACCAAAGGUGCAUCCCAACAAGCGCCAGAGGACGGCCCAGGCAUGCGUUCUCUGCAGAGCAUCCAAGAAGCGAUGCAGUGGCGCUGUGCCAUGCGGUCACUGCGUCCGACGCGGGCGUGCCCACGCCUGUAAGAUGUCGCCGUUGCACACUGGUGCCGGCCAUCCAAUUCCCCAAGCAGCGGCCGGGGCGCGAGCGCUGGGUUCUACAGGAGGGAAUCCGCGGUCGUUAUCGCCCGAAGCGCCGCACAAAACGCAUCCGCGGAUGUUACGCAACCUUAGAGGCGAAAGGGUCUACAUUGGCGGUGCUGCAUCCCUAUCAUUCUUGCAGUUCAUCAGGGAAACUGUCGUUCAAUAUACAGGGCCUUCAGGCUUUACUCACAACCCCAAGGUUGAUAGUAUGUUGGAAAAUGCAUCUGCCGCAACAGAUAUACCGUCGCACAGUGAGGAUGAUACUACCUUUGACGAGAAGGUGGCCUUGCUCAGAAUCUACCGUCUUGCAACCGCCGGGAUAAUUGACGUCUUAUCGGCCUCUGAAGCUAUGCAAUUGCUUGAGGAGAUAGCCAACUCAGAAGCGUCCCUUCACAGCUCUAGGGUGGCUGUUGCAGAUCUUAUCCUUGCAAUUGGGGCCCAAUGUCCCAAGACAAGUACCUCUGUUUCCCAGAAAGAGAAGUUUUUCUUUACUCGUGGGCAGAAGCGCGCCUUUGCGGGUAUGCUAGAAGAUCCAAACUUAGAACUGGUCUGGGCUUUUCUCCUCAUGGCAUUCUAUAUGCUCGGUGCAUGUCGAAGAAAUGCAGGUUUCAUGUAUUUGGGAGUGGCCACUCGAGCUGCUGUCGCCCUUGGCCUUCACCAUGAAGACUCUUAUGCAUGUCUCACCCCUGUCGACCGACAACGAAGGCUGAAAACCUGGAUGAGCCUAUGUGUCUUGGACUUGCUUGUGAGUUCAAUCCUUGGACGGCCAUCGGCAACAUUGUCGCUGCGUUCGGAGCUGGGAGACGGUUUGGUUUCAAUGAUAGAACCGAAUGAUAGAGCUCAGGUUCGCCUUCUAGCUUCAUAUGCAAUAACUGAUUUAAUGGAUACCGUCACCAGCGAAUUAUAUGGUCAAAAGGCGGUUUCUACCGACGCAGCCGAAGAAUUUCUCCGAAAACUAGAUCGCUGGAGCAAGGAACUUCCUGAUGCUAUGCGCACCGCAUCCCCUAAUCUUAACCGACCAGAGGAACAAGAGCAUACUUUAGGGAGCAUACAGGUUGCUUGUUUCUAUUACUUUGCAACUAUGUUGGCUACCCGUCCAUUUCUAAUUUCAACCCUUACUGCUCGUCUGGUUCGAUCACAGGGUGGUCUUUCAAGUGAACCACCUACUCCAACCGCUCGAGAAGACCCCACGCAUGCAAAACUGGCAUCAGCAUGCGUUGACUCUGCUGUGUACCUCAUACAAGCCUGCCAGGAUGCCCGUAAAGCUAAUUUAUUCCUCGCUAAUAUGUGUAUAAUGACGGCGCUUGUAUUUGCUGCUGCUCUUGUUCUCGGGUUCGCCAUGUUCGCCAAAAAUAAGCCAGACCCUGAGGUUGAAGCUGCUUUCGCUAGCGCGAAAGAUAUACUCGACAUAUUCAGCCUCCUGUCGGCCCAAGCUGCACAUUACUUUGAGAUCCUUGUACUGUUGUCGAACGCAGUUAACGAGCAACGGCAACGACUCGCGUUGCAGCCAAAGCGAAACAAAAGUCCCUAUGUUGGCCGCAUAUUCAGUUUGAUUCCCCCUGAGACGGAAGCAUUUAGCACCAACCGUUCGGCCGACAUUGACCCAGACGUUAUGCCCUCAAUUGCUUCUUCUGGUGAAGCCGGUGAUCCCCAUAAUAGCUGGGGUUCUCCCACCUUUCUUCCCGAAACUCCGGUCCAAGCCCUGGAAGAGGGAGGAGGAGGAGGAGGAGGAGGAGGAGAAGAAGAAGAAGAAGAAGAAGAAGAAGAAGAAGAAGAAGAAGAAGAAGAAGAAGAAGCAUUCUUUGGGUGGGAUAGCUUACAUUUACCCGUAUGGGACAACUUUCCGUUCCUGACAGACCCAUUCAUUCCGGCCGGUGAUUAA